AGAGAAAAAUAAAAAAGUUUUUCUUUCUCUUUUUAGAAACAAUAAUAUGUUGAUAGGGAAUCGACCACGGCCUCAAAUGCAGAGAACAGCAAGCAUAACGAGGAUCACCAUCGAGGUUGAUGAUGAUCAGACCGCCGGCCAAGACUCUGACGUGGCUAUGACGGUGGUUGACGGCGGAGAUAAUUACGACCAGCGAUUCUUGGGGAUGUUGUCGCCGGUAAAUCACCGGAGGAACGAGAGAAAAGACGGUGGGAGAUCAUCACCGUCGUCGUUGUCCUCUUUUCUUGGAAACUGUGGAUUUUGCAAACGCCGUUUAGCUCCGGGUCGUGAUAUUUACAUGUACAAAGGGGACGCAGCGUUUUGUAGCAUAGAAUGCAGAGAACAGCAAAUGGAGCACGACGAAGGCAAAACAAGAAACCGCGUCGUACUAUCACCAUCAAAUUAAACAUAUGCAUGGCUCAAAUUUGCUAUUACCCUAUAAGUUUGUGUGUGUUUUAAUUAACUUGAGAUUGUUGU